AUGUCCGCUGACUGCUCACCCAGCCAGUGCGUGCGCCUUGCGCUCGGUCCCACAGAGACCGGUGGGCGGCCGUGCAACGACGGCGUGUACGCCGUGGGCGUGCGUGGCGUGAGGCUGUCACCUUGCGCCGCCGCUGACGCGUCCUAUGCGGCUGAGUUCGCACCGCUGGGCCAAGGCAGAGUCUACCGGGCGCGCGCCGCGGACGCGGACCCAGUGCACCCGUGGCGCUACCUGUGGCACUCGAGCGCCGCUGCCGGUGGCUGGGUUCUGGGCGCCGCCCCGCCCUCCUCCGACGCCGUCCCACUCCACUUCUCCAUCGCCGACGCGGGCGGGGGCGUUGGCCUGCCGCUGGGGAGCUGGCACUGGGAGCGGAGCUGCGCGGCGUGCCUCGGCCCCUCGCCAAAGCCAGAGACGGCCCUCCUCUCGCUGGCCUGCGCGCCCUGCUCUCCGCCCGUCACCGAGCCGCCGCCAGCGGGAGGGGGCGUGCCGGGCGCAUCUUCCCUCUCCGUCGUCCGCGUCUCCUGCACCUCCAUCGACUUCAGCUGGCGGCCGCCGCUGCCGCCACUGUGGCCACUCGACGCGCCGCCUCCCUCAGAGUACGUCUUGCGGGGGGUCGCGACCGCCACCGAGGCGGGCGCCCCGGCGUCGACCGAGAUGGCCGAGGUGCGGUCGGCGGGCCUCUCUGCGCGCGUGAGCGGCCUGCAGCCGGGGUGGACCUACUCCCUUCGCGUGGCUCCGCGCGGCGCGAGCGGCGUUGGCGGUCGGGCGACCGCCUCCCGCCCCCUCUCCAUCACCACCACGCGGGUGCGGGCCGAGCCUCCCGACGAGUGGCCAAUCGAGGCGCGCGCCGAGGGCUUCGACGCGAGCCGGUACGGCGUGGGUUCGCCCCUCGCCGCCGCCGAGUCCGCCGCGCCGUUCGACGCGUGCAGCACCGCGCAGUUCUCGAUCCCCGCACCGCCAACUUGCGCCGGCGACGCCGCAUCUCUGCUGUGCCGCCGCGCCGCCGCGUCGGGCGCUUGGGAGCAGGACAUGUGGGCGUGGGGCGCUUGUGCCGCGACGCGCCGGGUCUCGUCGGGCGGCGCUGCAUCGAGGCACACGUGGCUGGUUGGCGGGCUGCGGCCGCUGCAGUCAGUGACCGUCCGUUCGCGGCUCACCUUUCGAGAGCCUGCCCUCCCCGAGGGUGGGGGCGGGGGAGGGGACGGGGGCGCGGCGGGAGUGCCGCACGCCAAGCAGACGCGCUGGGGUGCACAGGUGGGUCCGAGCCUCGCCGGCUGGCCCGCGCCGUCGGUACUCGCGCCACCGCGCGCGCGCGCGCUCUCCUCCGCCUCCUUCGAGGUCCUGCCGCCCAGCGACCCCUUCCCGCGCUGCCGCGCCGCCGCGGCCGCGCCGGUGAGGUGGCGGGUCGAGGUGGACGAUGGCGCCAGCGGAGAGCCAGAGGGCCGCUGGCGGGCGGUGCCGGCUACGGCGCACCGCGGCGACGGUUCCACUACUGGCCCGCUCGGAGGCGGCGGAACCACGCUCGAGCUGGACGUCACGCUGCGUUGCCCGCCGCCCCGCGGCUGCGGCUUCCGCCUCGUGCCGCUGAAUGUGGAGGGCGUGAGCACGGCUGGCGCCGCCGCGCGCGCGGUGUCGGCGCGUCUGCCUGCCCCGUCGGGCGCGACGGCGGUGUGGAUCGAGUUGUGGCUCGUCGAGACGGCGGCGCUGCCUGUCGGGGCGCCUUCGCACCCCUCCGGCGGCAGCGCCGCGUUGCUCGCCCGGCACGCUUGCCUUGCCGCGGAGCUUGCCGCGGCGCUGCGAUUGCUGCCCGCCGCGCCGCUGCUGGCAGAGUGUGAGGCGGACCCGGCGUCGGUGGCGGGAGUCGCCGCCUCGGCGGGGGUUCGCGUGCUCGAGUCGCGAUUGCGAGGCACCGCUCUCGUCGUCGAGCUCCCGCGGGCUGCCGGCGCGCAGGCGCUGGCUGCGGGCCUCGAGGCUGCCGUCGGGGGAGGAUGGAGGGCGGAUGGCAGUCGCUCCAGCCGCGAGCACCGCUCCGUCGCCGUCGCGUUGCUCUCUGGUGCCAUCGCCCCUCUGCUCAACGCGAGCCGCGGCGUGCUGCGCUGCGUCGCCCCGGGCUGCAGCACCGAUGACGCGUGGGCACAAAUGACGCCGGGCGUCGUCGCGCUCGCGGCGCGGCGGUCGCCAGACGAGCAAGGCUUCGACUGUAGACAUAUGCAGACGUUGCACACUCUCCACGCCACACGGGCUUGGACGCGGAGAUUGGGCCUCGACUACGCGCUCCCUCGGGAGGCGGCGGAGAGAGUGCAGGAGGCGACGCCUUUGGCCACGCCGGCACGCGCACGCGUCUCCCCGCUCACAUCUCCAUGGCGCUGGUCAAUCGGCGAGAGCCCUCUAGCAGCGGCGGAGAAGGGGCUGAACGGCGCACCAGAGAAAAUGGCGCUGACCGGGGCGGCGGCGGCGACGACCGACGACGGAGAGCAAGGGUUCGACGCGGACCUCGCCGCCAUCCGUGCGCGCAUCGCGAGUGGGUACCGCCAGCAGCGCGGCUCUGCUGUUUCGCCGCGCGGAACCGAUGUCGCCGUGCCGGCGCCUGGGCGGGCGCUUGCGCCAAAUGCUCCGGCCGCGUUUGCUGCCGUGCAAGCCACCGAACGCUCCCCGCCGGCCGGGUUUGGUGCGAGGUGGGAGGACCAGGAGUCGGAGAUUGGUUCGACCGCGUCUUCGGUGCGUUGGGUCGGCUCCCCGCACAAGGCGCGGCACGAGCGCGGCUACGCCGAGGGCGCCCGCGAGACGGGGCGCUUCAGGGCCCUGACGAACCCGGGGACGAUCGACUCGGACCCGAUCUCGCGGGCAGUCGCGUUGCUGGGUCGGCUCCCCUCUGUCGGAUCCGCCUUUGCAGCAUCCGACGUGAGUGCCGUGAGUGCGACCGACCGAGAGGUGGCAGAGCUGAUGAAACAGCCGGUCCUGGACCACGGGGAGGUGGUGGAGGAGGCCGAGGUGGACGUCGUCCGGGUGGUGCCGCGGCGGCACCAGGCUCUGCCAACGCCCUCCCAAUUCGGAGACUUUGGCUCCGAUGUGGGAGGGCCCACGAUGGCGGAUCUGGGAUCGCUCAUGCAAAACAUGGACGCUUUUCGUAGCAGCAUCGCCGCGGGCGGCCUCGAGGCCUUGCACGAGGCUCCGCCCGAGGACAUGGCCGCCAAGGAGGACCGCGAGGAGCAGUCGUGGAUGGCAGCAGAGCCGCCGCCGCCGCCGCCGCCGCCGCCGCCGCCGCCGCCGCUGCCGCCGCGUUUUGAGAGCCCUGUGCGCCUAGUGGAUCUGGCUCCGCCGUCCGCGGGCGCCGCGGGCGCUUUCCCGGGCUUAGGCGGCGCGUCCGGCGCGGCGGCUGUGGGAAUGCCGGACGAGGACGCUGCAGACGCCACGGAUACGAACGCCGGUGCCUCGGUGGCCGGUGUGCGGAGCCAGAGGGCGGGCAUCGGGUCAGAGGAGGAGGAGGACUUAGGAGCUGUGCUCGAUGAUGACGAGGAGGGCGAGCUGCUGGAUGCGGAGGAGGAGGAGGAGCAGCCGCUUGGCGGCGGCAUGGACAUUUGA